CAAAGGGGCAAAGGAGGCAAAGAUGAUGGCCUGUUUCUGGAGGUCCAUUGCAUAAUGGGCAGCUGGUUGGGUGCAGCCAACCCCUGAUGGGUUGCAUGCAUCAGCGCAAGCUGAGGUUGAAAACUUGAAAUAGUGCACAGAGGCUUGCUUUCUUUUGGUUCUGAAUAACAUCCUGAUUGUCCUUGGUGAAGGUUCAAUUGUGUUAAACUGGCCCUUAGAGAGACUUGUAAUAUGGAGAAAGGAAAACACAUCCAGCCACCGACUUAUGGCAACCUUGUAACGAUUCUUUCUAUUGAUGGUGGAGGCAUUCGAGGAAUCAUUCCGGCUGUUGUUCUCACCUUUCUGGAAUCAGAGUUGCAGAAACUUGAUGGAGAGGAAGCCAGGUUAGCAGAUUACUUCGAUGUCGUUGCUGGGACCAGCACAGGGGGGCUUGUGACCUCAAUGCUGGUUGCACCAAACAAUACAAACAGGCCACUCUUUGCAGCCAAGGAUAUUCAAGCAUUUUAUAUGAACCAUGCUCCCAAGAUUUUCCCACAGCAGAGGGGUCCAUUUGGUAAGAUAAUGAGGAUAUUCCGAUCGCUGUCAGGACCUUCCUAUGAUGGUAAGUACCUUCAUGAUGUUGUCAGAAAGAAGUUAGGAAUCACCAGGCUGCAUGAGACUUUAACAGAUGUGGUAAUACCAACUUUCGACAUCAAGCGGCUACAACCUAUUAUUUUCUCGUCCUAUGAGGUUAAGAAUGAGAAGUACAACACAAUGGAUGCUCUACUAUCAGAUAUUUGUAUCAGCACAUCUGCUGCUCCAACUUAUCUUCCUGCACACUACUUCAAAACAGAAGAUUGCCAUGGGAACACCAAGGAGUUCCAUCUUAUUGAUGGAGGAGUAGCUGCCAAUAAUCCGGCUUUAGUUGCCAUUGGAGAAGUAACCAAGCAGAUAUUCAAGGAAAACCCAGAUUUCUUCCCAAUAAAACCUAUGGAUUAUGGCCGGUUUUUGGUCAUUUCACUAGGCACAGGCUCCGCAAAGUUUGAAGCAAACUACAAUGCACAAAAGGCUAAAUCAUGGGGAGUGUUGGGUUGGUUGCUUGGCAGUGGAUCCACUCCCUUGGUAGAUAUUUUCACACAGGCAAGUGCAGAUAUGGUGGAUAUCCAUAUCUCUGCUGUUUUCAAAGCCUUGCAUUCUGAGCAAAACUAUCUGAGGAUUCAGGAUGAUACUCUACAAGGGACACUGUCCUCGGUUGAUGUUGCAACCAAGGAAAAUAUGGAGAAACUUGCCAGAGUUGGAGAUAUGCUACUAAAGAAACCUGUGUCACAUGUGAAUUUGGAAACUGGCCAUAUGGUGCCUGCCUGUCAUAGGACAGAGAUGACUAAUGAAGAAGCUCUAAAGAGAUUUGCGAAGCUACUGUCUGAUGAAAGGCGAAUUCGCAAGGCAAGAUCGCCAAAAUGAAGAAAGCCCUCAUGCUUGUUUCAACACACUGAGAGAACCCUGCAUUACUUCAAUUAGGAAUUAUGGUUGCUAUUAUUUGUUGAUAUGAAGUUCCGUUGUAACAAUAAAACAAUUCGUAGGUGAUCAGGCUGACACUAUGAAUUGAUGAUGUUAGCUUCUGCCAUCUGGCUUUCGUAGCGUGUAAAAAAAUUAGAAAAAUACUAAAAUUCUUUUUAAUAAAUAUCAGUAUUGAAUUACUUGCAUCAUUGUUU